GCGUUUUGCAGUGGUGGAGAAGAACGUGUACGUCAUUUUCACAAUGGCGGAGGCUGGGUGAGGAGGAGAGUGUGUGUGUACAGCGGCGCCGUAAUCGUUAGAGCUACAUUGUCUUUAAUACGUGCACGGUGCCCGAAAAUGGCCCUGAACCCCAGCGCGGUGGGAAAAAGGGACUCAGAGUGUACCGAGACGACCGAUCUCCACCCGGACGGUGGCGAGCCCCAGAAGAAUUCAGCCGCCACCUCGGCCACAGCCAACCAAAAUGGCGAUCAGCCUGGAUGUGGAGACAGUGUAAUGCCCGAACAAGAAGCCCCUGAGCGGCGGAGGAGCAUGCAGGCGGACGCUCGGAGCUUCAGCAGUUCUCCUCUGCCUGCCCAGAGAUCGACCGAUGAGCUGCCACGGAGAAAUUUCCAAAUCCCGAGGAAGAUACGCGAACGGAAAGGCUUGUACCAGUUUCUGCCCCCCGAGAGCCGGGAGUUUGAGGACCUCGUGAAGAUCAUCUCCUCGUUUUACCUGGACGCAUCAUCGCGAGGAACCUUCACCUACUGCAAGGCCAGGCUAAUUCACAAUGAGCUGCUGGAGAAAGAGUUCAUAGAAAAGCGGAGAGAGAUGAAGCAAGAGGGCCGGACCGAACAAGAACUCGCUGAGUCGUACUGCUUCCUUUUCCCAGACAAAUCCAAGCUCCAGUGGAUCUGUGAGAAAGGUUUAUCAGUUGGACACUGUAAGAUUAAUACACUAGGAAAUCCAUCAGUGGGUGUUUACCUCUCCAAAUAUUCCGAUUUGUUACAAAUCAAUCCUUUUGAAGUGGGCGCGUUUGGAGACAUGAUCAUUUUUAAAGUUAUGAGGGGACGAAUAAAGCACAUCCACGAGAACACGCCGAAGAAUGCAAUCGAGUCUUCACCCAAGUUUGACUGUCACUUGUCCAAAAGUGCCAACAGGGUUACAUCUUUGCUGUCUUACAGAGCUUUUGAGCUCACGCAGCAAUAUUUUUUUGAGUUUGCAUUUGAUGAGAUCAAAGCGCGGCCCAGGCACGUGUGCCCCUACGCUGUGGUUUCCUUUCAGUACAAAGGCAAGGAAGCUGCAGCAACUCCUAUGACUGCACACAGGUUUAACACUAUUUCCUCUGAAGGAAGUAAAGGGAAGAGCUGCUACACUGUGUGGAGUGGUCCACUAGUAAACAAGGGCCAGGAGUUGUUCCCUAUCUGUUUACGAUCCUCCCUGCGUCCUUACCUUCCUUUUAAACUGCCUGAGAAGUUAGAGGUGAAUCGGGGCAUGCAGCUAGAGCAGGUGAAGCGAAAGAUUCCCUCAGUGCUCUUUUCCUGGGACACCUACAGCGUCUCACGGGAAGUUAUGAAGUGUGGGAUGUCCUGCAGCCUGUUUGAGGUGGUGGACGGAAAAGGCAAACCAACCAGCGGCAGCUUGGCCGCUCUGGUCAACAAACUGGAGAGAGACCGGAUGGUGCUGGUGAAGUCCUUAUUUGACAGAGGCUUUCUCUUCCUGUUGUCCUCGGCUCAGAUGGUUGAGUCCAAAGAGCGGCGGGGGCGGGUAGAGAAGAACCUGCAAGCAUUAUUCAUCUUUCAGGAGCCAAGGAUGAUCGUCAAGUACUCAUCGAGGCUGUUCGAGCCAGACCCGCUGACGGUGGAGCCUCAGCCGGCUUUCUUGUCAUCCAUGGAGUCUUUCAUCCCCGCAGUGCACUACGGCCUGUUCAAGUUGCGCCCAAACCCAGGCAAGGACCUGAGCUCCGGGGUGGAGCGUCAGGCCACCGAUUACCUAACUCGUAUGGAUUCGGGCACAGUGCGUCCAUUCAUUCUACCUGACUACAAAUAUAAUGUAAAUGAAAGGACGAACCCCGUCACAGCACCCAGACCCAAAUGUAACAUGGAUGCUGUGCUGCGAUCGUACAUUCACAACCCCGCAAACUAUAUUUUACCUCUGAACAAGGCAAAGGACAUCAUUGAACGAAUACGGAACCCUGCACCCGUACCCGCACCCGCUCCAGCCCCAGUGGAAUACAGCCCUGUUUCUGACUGGGGCGGCUCGGACAGGGGCUCGGACAGAGCAGAGAGACCCUCAGAAAGGCUGUCCCAGGAGAGGACGCCUUCAGAGAGGCAAGCCCAGGAAAAACCGCCGGCUGACAGCAGCGGCAGUAGUAUUAGUAGUAGCAGUAGCAGUAGUAGACGGAGGCCUGGGGUGGCCCAUUCAAACGGAGCCCAGAUGCAACACAAGCCCCACGAUGAGUCCCAGCCUCAGCCACAGAGGUUGAGGCUGUCCCAGAACGAGUACGAUAAAGACAAAAUGAAACAGCUGCUUAAGCUGAUUCAGCUUCAUAAGAAGGCACUCGUGAAGGAUCCCGGGAAGGACCGGGGGGAGGACGGCGCCUGGGAUGCCAACAGUCUGAAAAGGAAAUUUGAAGGGGACGAGAGAGGAGGCGCGAACAAACAUCAACGCACAGAUCAGCUGAGCAACGGGGAACCCAGCAGAGGUGCACAAGGGGACGACCUUGUGGAUGAGGGUGGGCAGAACGAAAAUCUGACAGCAGUGAUGGAGAGCAUGGGCAUCUAUGACACCGACCUAAGGGCCCGUGGCAACACCAAUACCUCAGCCGUCAGCGAGACCCAACGCCUUCUCAAGAUCCUCCUGGCCACACUCAAUAAAGCUGUGGCUCAGGGUUCAGUGUCUGCAGACUCGAACCACGGUGAACCAUCAACAGGUUCAGGAAGGGGGGAACCCGCUUACCACGACCCGGACCAUAGGAAACAAAACGAGCCUCCGUCACAAACGAACUACGCCGAGGAGGACAUGGACUGUAGCCCAGGUAGUCCAUUCAGCCCGGGCUCCCCACCAGAGCAAAGACGCACAUCAGAAAAUGCAACCUGGGAUAUCCCCUCCAACGAAGACAAAGCGCAGCCAUUUAAUGAGCAGAAGCCCGAUCCGAAGCCCGAGGCAAAACCCGAGCUGAAGUCCGAGCCGAAGCCUGAGCUGAAGCCUGAGCCAAAGCCUGAAUUGAAACCCGAACUGAAGUCCGAGCUGAAGCCUGAGCCAAAGCCUGUGCCAGUUGCAGCUCCAGCGGCAGACAUGGACCUAGAGCCGAAAACGCCUGCCGUUGUGGAAGUAAAAAAGAUGCCUGUACCCACGCUACCUGCUGUAGAGGAAGUUCCAUUCAGGCCCUCCAUCAGCUUGGACACAAUACUAAAUCAGGAAAUUCACAGCCUGUCUUCUGACAUUAAAAAUAUCAUGCACACUCACCACAUCAGCUAUACCUCGCAGCUGCCCCCGCGGUUGCCUCCACGCCACUGCUGGGUGCCCAGCAGCUGUUUCUCACACUUUGUUGCGCCCUACGUCUCCCCUGUCCCCAUUCAGGGGCACGUCAAAGCGCUGUGUGAGAAGAUGGACAAGUUGAUCCCAGCCCCACCUGCUCCCUCCAAGGUCACUUCUCCACCUCCCCUAGUGACAACAUCUAAUCUUACUACCCCACCCCCUGCCCCCAUCCCGACCACCAAAACGAAAGCAGAGCCCUCCCUGUCAAAGAGCACCGCCUCCUCACAGAGCAGUAAAACAAGCGCCAUCAAAGAGAUGACAUCCACUAAGAUUAAAUCGGAAGCCCCGUCAACAGAGAUGGGGGGAGAGAUCUACUCUCCUUCUCAAGUCACAGCGGAGUCUCCGGAGCAGAACUCGCAAAACCCAGGCGCCGCUUCUGGCAGUGGGCCUGGCCUGCUAGCCGGCAGCCUGAUUGGUCAAUUGAAACCCGAAGUUUUCAGCAGCCUGGUGGAGAUUUUUAAGGACGUUACCAAGAAUACAGUUAAAUUUUACAUUUAUUCUGGAGACGAGGGGGAGGAGAGCGCUGUCUGCAAGGAGAUCAAGGAGUACUUGAAAAGUCUUGGCAACAGCGAGUGCAGCCCGCAGACAUUUUUGGAAAACAGCAGCAGUUUGGAUAAGCUCCUCAUCAUCAUUCAGAACGAGGACAUCGCAGCACAUGUGCAUAAGAUCCCGGCUCUGGUGUCUUUGAAAAAGUUGCCUUCGGUGAGCUUUGCUGGAGUGGACAGUCUGGACGAUGUCAAGAACCACACUUACAAUGAGCUCUUUGUGUCCGGUGGCUUCAUGGUGUCUGAUGAGUUUGUCCUCAACCCUGAUCUUAUCACGCAGGAUCGUUUGCAGGGGCUGCUGAAGUUCCUGGAGGAACAGAGCACCCCUGAACACCCCUGGCAGUGGAAGGUUCACUGUAAGUCCCAGAAGAAACUUAAAGAGCUUGGGAGGUUAAACACUAAUGCAAUGGGGCUGCUGAACCUUCUGACAGCCUAUCAGAAAAAGCAUUUAGUGGAGUUCCUCCCGUAUCACGAGUGUGACACGCAGUCACGGCAGGCUCCAGAUCUGGACUGCCUCAUCAAACUCCAAGCUCAGCACACACAACAGCGACACCUCAUCUUCCUCACAGAGAGACCGUUUGAGAUGUUCCUGCAGUACUCCAGAAAUGGAAUCGUGAUAGCGAGCAUCGACGAUAUUAUGAGCGGUUUCCACAGUCUCAUUGGAUCCAUUAAUCAGAAUGAGCUUCCUACGCCUCCUUCUACUGUAGUGAAUGAUGAGUGUGUGGAAGAGGAGGACAUGUCAUUAGACUCUGAUGAUGGCGAACCACCAACCAUAUUAGAUCCUCCAGAGCAAAAGCAGCAAGUUGCAAAGAAGCCUCCGCAGCCACCCCCGCCAGAGAACGAGUUUCGUCCUCCGCUCCCAGACCAGCAGACCACCCCUGAGACGACGCCUACACUGUCUAACUACAGUGCUUUCAAAACAGCCAUCUCUCAGUUCAAAGCCACGAACCAGAUAGGCAUGGGCUCUUCAGACAUUGGCAGCUUGUCACCGGGAGGUUUCCCUGUGAAUCCCCACCAGAGCUUCCUGUGCCCUUCGGCCUCGUGGUCAUCAUAUACGGGUUCCUCUAGCUACACGGCCUCCCCAGCCUAUCCCGCCUCCCCCUGCAGCGGCACACAGGAACCUCCAACCACAGUUUCUUCCGGAGCCCCAACCCCGCCUGUCAUGCCCCCAGCAGGACCUCUAGCCAACCUGGCCUCCCUCCCCUUGGAGGUCAAGCCUCCCCCUCCCCUCACCUCAUGAUGCUGGGUCAUGGAUAUAGCUCGGACGCUGGAGGAGCGGGAGCUGCUGGGACCUCUCCCCUCACCACCACAGUCCCCCCCUUCACAGACCAUAAUGACGCAACUCAGCCAGGUUUCAUGGCUGGGACUCCUAAGAAUGCUAGUGGGACCCCCACUCAACCGGACAGGACACUCAGUGGACCUGGGGACGGGGUAUGGGGGACUGCAGGGACCACAGCUUGUGACAAUGCAAGCAACCCGGGCGUGGUCCCACCUGCCCUGGUGGAUCCCAGUGGGCUCACUAAGACUGGAGAAGCCGUUAUAGGCAGCACCCCUUGUAGUCAGGGGGUCAGGACUCAGGUGAAUUGCGCUGAUGGCCUUGGUGCAUCUGUGGGUAUUCCCAUAGUACCCACAAGGGGGGGCUCUGUACUCAGACCUAAGCUGCCUCCACAUCCAAUGUCUGGUGUGGGCUAUGGCAGUAUAGGUUGCAUGCCUCCACAUAUGGAUCACAGGCCAAUGAUGGGUGCUAUGGGCCCGGGUUCUUUAGGGAGUUAUCGAGGGAGAGGAGUCCCACCUGUAGGACUAUGGCCUCGGCCCGGGCGAGGGCACGAACGAGGCGGUGGGACUGGAGGUGGACCCUGCUCUUGGGGUUACCCAGCAGGCAGGGGUGGGCCACCAAAUUAUUACACAGACUAUUCAUAUUCUCACAAUUAUGCCCCUGAAUAGACAAUCAACAUGAUCCAAGGGGCAACACAAACACCAUACACCAGAGACUAUAAGUGCUGGCUGAAUGUAUAUAUUUCCUUGUCAUAAAUGCAUUGAUUUAAAGCAGAAAAUAAGGAUCCUGGUUUUCUACAUUAAUAAAAAUUGAUACAGGCAGGGUUGAGUGUCCUACUGUCGUGUAAACUGUCUGUACACUCUUUCCAUGUGAGCUAUUUGAGACCCUGUUCAAACCACUAUAUUUAUAUUUGCCAACAAAUGUUAAUGGCCUUCCAGCUUCUCAGAAUUAAUCAUGUUCUGUUUGUCCCAGUUUGGAAACGGUUUGUGAACAAGGGGAAAGGCUGAUAUUUUUUUAAAGAAAAAAAAAAGAGUGAAUGAAAUUUCACUUUUGCUGUUGGUUUUCUUUUAUUUUUUAUUUUUAUUUACACACUCGGUUGUCCAGAAUUCUAUGAAAAAUAAAACAUUUCAAAUCUUGUGUGUGUGAUGGGUUUGAUGACGGUGUCAAACAAACCAUUAAAAAGAUAAAUCCCA